AUGAAAUUUAAAUCAUUACAAAUAUUAAAUUUAAUUAUAAUUUCUUUUUAUUUUAAUUUAUCAAAUUCUACAAUUACAAAUUAUGUACUAUUAAUUGGAAGAGAUUUAAAUUGUACUGAAGAUAUUCCAAGAGCUUCUUUGUUAACAAUUACAAACCAAGCCUAUGCUAUGAAUAUAAAAUUUGAAACCAAUGAUGAAGUUUUUAAUUUUACUUUUAGUAAAUAUUAUUUAAACAAUUUAGUUUCAUUAGGAAUUAAUGAAUCUCCAAUAGCUCUUUUCAAUUAUAAUAAUUUCACAAAUUUAAUAAAUAAUUUAACAAAUGAAUCUCAGUUUGGUUUAAAUAAUACUUUUAAUUAUAUAAAUACAGUUAGUAAAUUUUCAAAUUUGGAUAAUUUAAAAUUGACAACAAUUUCAAAUUCAGUUUCUCAAAUGUUAACUAAAAUAAAAUCAAUUAAAAAUGUUACAGUUGCUUUAGAUAAUAAUAUUAAAAGUAUUAAUAGUCCCACUAAAGUUGUAAUGGAUAGUUAUCAACUUGUUAGUUCCUCUCUCAAUUUUGUAAAUAAUCGUAUAUCUAAUAUUAUUACCACACUAAACUCAAUGAAACAAAAUGUGAAUGAUUUUCAAAAUGAGUUGGAUUAUUAUUCAAUUAUUGGUGAUGAUGAUGAUCAUAUGACAACAAUGAAUGACAUUAUGAAAUCUUUCUUAAAUAAUUGUUUUAUGUAUUACAAUUAUUCGGUUUUUUUUUCAAGAUUUAUGAUUGAUCUUAAUUAA